AUGUCACUAACCGUACCAUAUGGAUUCGAUCAACAGCAUUAUAAAAUAGAGGAAUACAACCCGCAAAUCGACGCAGCUAUUGGUCUAAAUUCACAUGCAUUAGAGUAUGCGGAUAAAAUGGACAAGGUGAUACGGACAAAGAAUAUUACCACUGGGCUUCUUUUUUAUUUACCCAUCCUUCUCAAAGAUAAUUACGAUACAAUCGACAUGAAAACCACUAGGGCUAGCAUGUCGCUCAAGGAUUUUCAACCCAAAGCAGAUGCCCCACCCGUUAAGGUGCUCCGCGAUGCGGAAACGAUUAUUUUGGGGAAAGCAAAUCUUCAUGAACUGGCUCUUGAGGGCAUCUCUGUUUCUUCUUAUGCGGGCCAAACUCUGAAUCCUCACGACCUGACACGCACGCCUGGCGGGAGCUCCGGUGGAACCGGUGCGGCUAUUGCAGCUUCCUUCGCCGUAUUCGGAACAGGGACUGAUACGGUUUACCAACUCGUUGAGGAGUCCCGCCCGAUUGGCAGAUCAUUGGAAGAUGGGGCUACUGCUCUCACGGUCAUGGCGAAUAUCGGAUAUGAUCCCAGAGACAACACGACGGCCCUUGUCCCGAAAUCUGUGGUGGGUGCGGAUUACCCAGAGCAUUACGUGGAGGACGAUUGA